AUGCAUCUCGCACGACCCUGGGCACGAGAAACGGCAACAUCCUGUCGUCAGCUCUGGUCACUUGGGGCACGGCACUGGACGAGUCGGGCGGCGGCAGCUGCGGUAGCAGGAGGCUCUACCGAGGGUUCGGUUCCGGACCUUCACGAAUACCGUUAUUUGUUUCGUUACAUGACGUGGGAUAUGCGCUCAAAACGCUUGAACGAUGUUUUGAGGCGAAUGCAGCUCCUCAUACGGGCAGCCGGCGGCGAACUUCACGGCGGUGUCGCAUCACCGAGCGAUAAACUCGAGCGCAUCGCCGUGUUGCGCUCCCCGUUCGUGGACAAGAGCUCACAAGAGCACUUUGAACGGGUGACGAGGUUUCGUGUGCUUCGCUGGACGUGGCGUGCGGAUACACAGUCCUCAGUGGCAUCGAAGUCGAACGAGCACCAGCCGGUCGAUAUGGGCCACGCGGUGGCCAUGGAGACACCUGCAGGCUACGGUCUUCGUGUCACCGAGACCCGCAACGGAUUGGCUGCCCUAGCAUUCUUCUUUACGGAUAUCGUAGAUUCGCAGCAUAAGUUGGGUAGCAACGGGCAUGCUGCUGGCGUGGAUGCCGCACCGAGAGCAGCAGGCGUCGUAGAGGCGCGGGAGUCCAGCCACGAGCGCGGGAACGCGAUACCCGGUGCGUGGUCGCGAGAAGCGCACACGGCAGCCUAG